UGCAUCCCCUUUCUCACUAUAAUUCUUUUAAAAGAAUGCUAUUAUUUCGUCCUAUUGUUUCUGUCAUAAGCCAGCAAAGGAUUCUUCAAUUCUGCUAAAAACCCUUCAUUCUCUUCUUGUAUGUAUGCCUAAAACCCAGGCCACAAUCUUCCAAGCAUUUGAAACAAGUUUGAUGCAGAUUUGUAUUGGUUGAUCAUCGUCUCUGGUAAGUUCUUUGAACCAUUCAUCUUAAACAACAAACAAAUCGACGUUCGACCAUCAGAUUGUCUGAAGCUCCCAAAUCAGGAUACAGGUUAAGAGAACUUUAAAAAUAUCCCAAGCUUUCUUUGAAGUACUUGCACCAGCAACCUUCUCCGGAAAUUUGUCUCUAAACUUUGGUGUACAUUCACAAGAGCCUUUUCAUCGACAUCAUAUCUUCAACUACAAUCUUUGAGGGUCUCCAAGUGUGAGAAGUUCCAAGUAAUUCCUUCGUACUGAUGCUCCAUAUUUCAUAAUUGUCUUUAGUGAGCAGUUGAACUUGGAGAGGAUUGCUAUAGAUUUACUAUUUGAUAUAUACAGAGUUUCCAAACAAUUAUUUAAUUCAUUUUAAGAAAAUAACUUUAUACAAAGGAUAGCAAGUACUGAUUUUAAUAGUGCACAAUAAAAAUAUCUAGGAUCACAAAAUAGAGUGAUUAAAAGAAAUGAUCCUAGACGUUUCAUCUCCUUAUGCAUUUCUAGAGAAAGGGCACAAAACUAAAGAACUAAUGAGAUAUUAAUCAAUAAAAAACAAAGUAAUAAUGAAAAUAUUAAUCAAGUUUAUUAUUCCAACAGGCAACUGCGGAUUUUAUUUUCUUUGAGUGCCAGCUGAGAUCAAUUUUCAAAGGGUUCAGGAGAUGGCUGUAGCUGCUUAUGCAUCACUGGUAUCUUUAACUCAUGUCCUCGACAAUGUUCAUUAUCGUGCUCAACAUCUUCACCUUCACGUGGACAUAAAGCAGAUUGAACAUCUUCAGGAAUGUGUCAAUUUCUUGUUAGAACUUGCUGAAGUUCACAAUAGAAGAAAAGGCCAGAAGAUAGAAAGUUUGUGGAGGAAAAUAUCUGAAAUUGGCUUUGAGAUGGAAGAAACUUUUGACUUACAUGUUGUGAGUCAACUUCAGAAUCGAACUCAGGGAGAAAACAAUGAUAUGGAGUAUAUACCUUUCCAUGAAAAUUUGGACAGUAUAAUCCAAAAGAUUCACUUCAUCAAGAGAGAUCUAUUGAUGGUUCAAGAGGUUGUAGAGGAGGUUCAUACCAAAGCAUAUGUUCCUGGUGGUAGUUCUUCAAGUAUUGCUGCUUCUUCAAAUGCCAAGAAUACUAUUGUGGGACUUGAUGAACACGUAGUCAAGAUUAAGGGUGAGAUAGCUAGAGAUGGGGUCAAUCUCCAAAUUAUCCCAAUCGUUGGGAUGGGAGGGAUUGGAAAGACUACUCUUGCCAAAAUAGUUUAUGAAGAUAAAUAUGUCAUUGAACGCUUUGAUGUACGCAUUUGGCUUACAAUUUCUCAAGAGUAUAGCGUCGAUGAGAUCCUUUCUGGUCUUGUUAAUGAUGGGAAAGUUGAAAGGCGUGGUGGAAAUUUAGAAAGACCGGGAGAAGUGUUUCGCAAGAAGCUAUACGGUAGAAGAUACUUGAUUGUUAUGGAUGACAUAUGGUCUUUAAAAGCUUGGGAUGAUUUAAGGAGAUUCUUUCCUGAUAAUAGAAAUGGAAGUCGGAUUAUUAUGACCACUAGGCUGUCACAAGUGGCUGGUUUGUUAGGCUCUCAUGACCCUUAUUCGAUGACAUUUCUAGAUGAUAAUACGAGUUGGAAUUUAUUUUGCCAAACUAUCUUCGGAGAAGAACAUUGUCCUGAUCAAGAAUUGGAGAAAAUAGGAAGGGUGAUUGUGAAAUGUUGUAGAGGACUUCCGCUAGAAAUUACUGUUAUAGGGGGACUGCUUGCAAAUUCUAGCAUGAAGAAAGAAUAUUGGGAAUCUGUUGCUGAGAAUGUAAGUUCCUUUGGUAAUGCAACCGACGAUGAUCAUUGUCUAAAGGUACUGCUUUUGAGUUACAAUGAUCUGCCUUUGUAUCUAAAGCCAUGUUUCCUCUAUAUGAGUGUUUUUCGUGAAGAUGAUAAUAUUUAUGCCCCGAAACUAAUCAAUUUGUGGGUUGAUGAGGGUUUCAUAAAAACAAGGGAAGAUAAAACUUUGGAAGAGCUUGCUAAGGAAUACUUAGAUGAUCUUGUUGAUAGAAAUCUACUUUUUGUUUAUAAGCGAGACCUUAUGAAUAAGGAAAUAGUGUCAUGUGGAAUUCACGAUCUUUUGCUAGAUCUAUGCUUAAGUAUAUCUAACAAAGAGCAUUUUAGCCGAGCUCCAAAAGUACAAGAGAUCAAUGUGGAAUAUGGGGAAGAAGUAUGUUUCUUAUGUGGAGAUUCUGUGACAGAAGAAAAAUGGAGUAAUCUGCCCGAACUUGUUCAUAUUCCGCCAUUCGAUUCACAAACUAAUCCGUGUCUUUGCGGCGCCUGUAAAGCGACUUACUCACAUAUUAAGACACUAAGAAUGGCCAAGGUCUUGCAUCAAGAUUUCUCAACUAAUUCACUUGUGCAACACACCAAAUUACGUACUAUGUUUCUUACACUCGACAAUUCUUCUGCACCAUUUAUAUCACCUUCCACAUUACAGUUGCUAUGGAACCUUCAGACAUUGGCAUUAGAGCCCACUUUUUUAGAUGCAGUGGAGCUGCCACCCGAAAUAUGGGAGAUUCCACAACUUAGAGUUAUUGAAGUCAAAUAUGUGGUGUUUCCCGAUCCUCCUGAAGCUCCUGCUGGAGAGAAAGAUUUUUGUCUGCUGAAAAAUCUACAGGUACUUUCCCGUGUAUGGAAUUUAAUGGAAGUGGAUGAAAUUCUUGGCCGAAUUCCGAACUUGAAGCAUCUUGAAAUUCAGCAGGAUUCAUUUUACAAAUGGCAGAUAAAUCCUCCAUGCAAUAUUGCCAUUUUGCAAAAACUUGAAGUGUUAUAUGUCAAAAACUCUUGUCAAAAAAUCUUCUUUCCAAAUUCACUCAAAAAGUUGAUCCUGAAGAGUUGCAAGGAAAUUUCUUGGAAAGGUAUGUCGAGGGUUGGUUCAUUACCCAAUCUUGAGCAUCUAGAGUUGCGGUAUAGCACAAUCGGAUUCAAAUGGAAUCCAAGUGAAGGAGAAUUUCUUCGAUUGAAGACAUUGAUAAUUGUUGGUAGUCAUUUAACACGAUGGAGAGCUGAUCAUAACCACUAUCCUCAGCUUCAGCUGCUUCGCCUUUAUGAUGUACCUUCAUUGAAAGAAAUUCCUUUGAGUAUCGGAGAUAUACCAAUGUUGCAUACGAUUGAUUUGGAUGGCCACAAUAGAUCUGUUGUGUAUUCGGCAUACAAAAUUUGGAAGGAACAGCAAAGUAUCGAAAAUGAUACCCUCAAGAUUACUGGCAUGGGCGAUAACUGGAUAGAGGACUCCAUAAGUGAGUUCAUGGCCAAGGAGAAAGAAGAUGAAAAUGAAGAAGUCGAAGCUGAUGAAUCCAAUUCUGAAGACGAAGAUGACGAGUCUUCAUCUGAAGAUGAAGAUGAAGAUGAAGAUGAACCAGAUGAAUUUGAGCAUGACGGCGAAGAUGAUUAGUCUAGUAUCUAAGGGUUUCCUUUGGUAAGAAUACAAGUAUAUAUGAGGUAUGACAGAAAUUUUAUUCUCUGGAAUGGAGUUAAAUAUUUUAGAGAUUUGAGAAGAGAAGAUAUUUACUGAGGCUUGAUGCAUAAAUUUACUACUUUUGACUGUUGGUUGUUAUUCUCAUGUAAACAAAAGAUUCAUUGUGUUAUAUGUCUGGACAACUUAUCAUACAAUUGGUUGCUCAGCAGUCACUAUUCACAUCUUUCUUGAAUUAGUUUUGUAAUAUUUUCUUAAACUUUUUUUGUUAGCAUUUAUCAA